AUGAUAAAGAGGGACAGCAGGGCGAAUGUAGCGGUGAGGCCGCUACCAACUGUAGGACCCUCGAAGCCAGAAAUCCCCUUGAAACAAUGCGACAAAGUAGAAGCAUCCAGAUGGUUGCUCCGUGACUACAAGAUCUCAUACAGAACGUGCGUUUCCAUCUUCCUUCUCGUCUUCCUAGGUGUCAGCCUUAUUCCGUUCAAGGAGUACUACCUCGGCAGCUACGUCACUAAACCGUUCGACGAGAUACGGAACGAAGUUACUGCGAGAAAACUCAACCACAUUGGCGUCGUCAUCAGUGGUGUGCACUAUUUCGACACAUUCGAGCGACCGCUCUUCCCUCUCAUCGACUCGAACACCAAGUCUUAUCUAGCGCGUUCUACAGCGUCCAAUCUCUCACUUACAGACCUCCUGGUUCGUGGAAAUAUUCGUCGAGAUGAUCUACUCACCGGUUUACCGGAAGAAACGUUGACACAAUCAGUAGAUCUCAUGGUAGACGUUCUGGCACCGCUAUGUGGACCCGGAACGUCAUGGGAGACGCAACCGCAACAUUUAUUCGGCAAUUGGUUUCCAGCUAUACGUCACGAAUUUUGUCAAGAUUUUCACGACAAAUUUCCACUCGAUCGGUUCUUUAAAGCUCCUGUCGAUGCCAAUUUGUCGUCUAUCGGAGAAGUUACGCUUGGGUUAAUUGCUGUGGUCAACAUGUCGGAGAUUUACUUACGCCACUUCAACGACGAACUCGUAGUUCGCAAGAUAAUGAAGAACGUGCAAGAAGGAUACAUGGGUUCGGAGUUGCCAGAGUUCACUAACGCCGUUGCAGAGGCUAUAGUUGAUCGCUACAGUAAAGGUAUCCCCUUGAUAGAUGUGAUUAAGCUGCUACCAGGUUCUUUCGACGCGAACCAUGUGGCUUUAGUCGACGUAUUAGGUGUUCGUGCUCUGCUGGAGUAUUACCUUGAUACUCAGCAACUUACGAUGGGGGUUAAUGUGAAUGGAGAGGCUGCGAUUCUGGCGGAAGUGACGCAUGUUACGGCGACGUUUUUCACGUCGGAUUUCCUGAUUAAUACGGUAGGAAUGCAUUUGGUAUCGACGAUGCACUUGGCGGCGUUCUGGAAUUGUGCUAUCAAACAUACAACAAUGGCCAAGACAAUAACAGUCGAUGAUUUCGACGCCGCAGCAAUCAAGCAGUGUGGACGUGACGUAUCAGUAAUUGUCCCUACGUUCGCGGUGAAUCUGAUGUUUCUGUUCCAAGAGGACGAUCGAGACUACACAAAGCUCGAUAAUACCACAGUCUACACCCUUGGUCGGCGUCGCGAGACUACUGCUGGGUAUGUGGCCCUGGAUAUCCCAGAGUUACUGACAGACGCGCCGCUCCUAGUAAUGGACGGCAACGCCUGGACUAAAGAUCGAACACCUACGCCAUCGCAACCUGCAGCGACACCUUAUGGCUAUUUGUACACACCUGAUUGCCGAGGUGUUGUCGACUCCGUGAUGCAACAGGGCGGUCGCAACGUUCAAAAGUACCAAGCGUAUUUAGGAGAUGGACUGGGUAAUUGUGCAUUCCGAGACUCCCAGGAGACCGAACAUCAGAUACUUUGCCGACUCUUCAUGACGUCGAAAGAGAUACAAUUUCGAACUCUAAAUGGAAGUCUAAUUGACCUCCCAGCGUGUGCAGCACUGAUCUCACCUAGUAGUACACCGGAAAACCAGCUACUGGAGCAAGACAACUUGCGUCAGAUCGAGUGGUUCAUGAUUGAUACCACGAUAACCUAUCGACGUAUUCGAAUCCAAGACAACACGAGUCGACAGAUCCGAACGUUCUUACUGAUUCUCAACUUAAUCGGGGCCUCGUACUACGCAUUAGAGUACCUAUUCAUGCUCAAAAGCGUCUGGAUUUUUAUCCGUAACAGCGUAUAUCGAACUACAGCUGAAUCAUUCGAAAAGAACGCUCCUCCACCCAUAAGACUUGGACUAUUCGAGCUGCUACAGUGCGACCCAGCAGACGGCGCGUUGGAACAUCCCGCAAUAUUUUUUCGCUUGGGUGUACGGCAAAACUCUCUACUGCAGAGGGGAGUAUCGUCAUUCAGUGCACUCCAGCGAUUCCAGUACAAAGCCUCACACUCGUGCUCACGACGCUGA